UAUGGUAGUGGCCUCUGCUAGCCCCUUGAUUCACGAUAAAGUUAUACAAUCUUUCUUCAUCCCUGUGAUCGACUUAUCCCAGCAGAGGUCCCUACGCACUGAGCUCGUCGUGAAAUCAUGUGAGAAAUUAGGUUUUUUCAAGGUCAUCAACCAUGGUGUGCCCCUCAACCUCUCAUUGAAGAUGGAGGCUGCUGCGGUAGAAUUCUUCGCCCUACCGGGCGGAGAGAAGCAACGAGCGGGCCCAUCAAGCCCACUUGGCUAUGGGAGCAAGUCCAUCGGGCUCAAAGGUGACACCGGAGAAGUCGAGUACCUUCUCCUACCUGCCAACCCCUCCUCUUUAUCCCAUAGAGCAUGGACAAUAUCAAGAGAAGGCCCUGAAAAGUUCAGCUGUGCGGCGAAUAAGUACGUUGAGGCUGUGAGAAAGUUAGCAUGUGAGAUAUUGGAGCUACUGGGAGAAGGCCUAGGACUAAAAGACACUGAAGUAUUUAGUAGGAUGAUAAGGGACAGAGAAAGUGACUCCUUAUUGAGACUCAAUCACUACCUACCUUGCUCCAGUAGAGAAGAGAACGAUAAGAAUAGAGUUGGAUUUGGAGAGCACACGGACCCUCAGAUCAUCACGCUGCUUAGAUCGAAUGGUGUGGAGGGGCUCCAAAUACUGCCCCCUUUCUCCUCAGGGGAGGCUGCAUGGUUUCCUGUGUCGCCCGACCCCACUGCCUUCUUUGUCCUUGUCGGUGAUGCUCUCCAGGCUAUGACAAAUGGGAGACUGGUGAGUGUGAGACACAGGGCCAUUGUUCACCCCUACAGUUCAAGACUCUCCAUGGUUUACUUUGCUGCACCUUCUCUUCAUUCAUGUCUCGCCCCGAUUCCGGAGAUGGUCACAGUCCAAAGGCCUAGAUGCUACAAAUCUUUCACUUGGGGUGACUAUAAAAAGGCUAUGUACUCGCUAAGACUCGGCCAUAACCGCCUCGAUCUAUUCCGAGUAGAUGCUAACGAAGACAACAUUAAGCCACUAAUCUAAUUAUGAAGUUCUUUUAUUGUAAUUCUCUUUUUGCUUUUUUUGGGGUGGAGGGGGAGGAUGGCGGUUACAGCUGCUCUCCCAAAUUUUUGUACUCGUUGCUACCUAGAUCUAGCGUGAUUGGUGCCUUGGUAGUGGUACUUAGGCGCACUGGAAAGCCUAAAUACACCUACUACAUCCUUAGACCCUAUAGCAGGGAAAUGUAAAAGAGCAAAUCUUAUUAAAUUAAGCAUUAUAAGAAUAUA